CGUUAAUCAAUUUCUUGAAAUCUUAGCACAAACAUCCACGAUACCUUCAGCAUCUAAUUAAAUAUUAACCUUGGUACAGAAGCCACCAUCUCUGGUUAGCGAUUGCAGACAGUUCGCAGCCACAACACAUACGUUGCAGUACUAUCCGCGAUCGUUUGUAAGAGUGAACAUAGUCUGUGCGAAUCUACAUAAGUGCCAAGUCCUUUUCAGAAGCGAUGAAGAUGCUCACAAUGAUAGGUGUUGUUAUUAUAGCUGCCUUAAACGUCAUUAGAGCAGCACCCACAUCUAAUACAGACGAUUCAACAUUCAAGUUUCCAAUAACUUUCGAAAACGGUAAAAUCGGAGUCAACUUCUUGGGUUUCCACGCCGCCGCAGGUCUUGGUGGAAUUUUAACAGGAAACGAAGCCGACGGGGGUUUACAAGCUGAAGCAGGUACACCUUUCGGACAAAAAGCAUGGGCUGGUUUAGGAGGAGGAGUAAAUGGAGCAGGUAGAUCAGCCGGAGGUCUAUAUGCCGGAGCAACGGCAGGAGGAGGAGUUGGUGCAAAAGCUGGUAUAGGAGGAACUGCUGGUUCCGAAGGUUCUUUCGGUACAUCCUACGCAGGAGCUUCUGCUGGUGGACUAUAUAAAGGAAGAGUUAAAAGUAUCGGCCAACCAGCGAUUAAUAUAUCUGAGAGGAAAGAAAACGUUGCAGCAGCUGUUGGAGAUGUAGGAGCAGGAGGGAGUCUCGAUUUCCAUGUUGGUUUAGGUGCGAAUGUGAAUUCUCAAGCGAAUUAUGAUACAGCUGGAGGGUAUAAAGUGAAACAGUUCCAACAAGAAUUUGUUGAAGAGGACAGUCCUGUGGAUACAUCUAAUGUUCAAGUUAUUGCCAAGAAAGAAAAAGUCAAGAGCAUACAAAAAACUGUUGUUGAGCAGGAUAUUGAUGAACCUCAAGCUGCUCUGAAUUUGGACGUAAGAGCACAAGGUAUUGUUGCACAGCAACCACCACCAGCACAGUUACCCGUCUACGUAGAAAAAAGAAAAUACAAACUACGUAGACGCCCCCAUCAUCGCAAACAAGUGUUACUGGAAAUAGUUAGGAGGCUUAAUUUCAACAAGGGAUCCAGAAUGUAAGGAAGAAAACUGCUUAGGACAUUGAUUUAACGGUCAGGUUUAAAUUCCAAAAUUUGUUUAAAAACUACACAUUUACCAAAAUGCCCUAGAACACGCAGCAAUUUAUAAUUUUUGCUGAGAGAUUUUUUUAUUAUAGUAAAUAACAAAAUAAAACUGUUUGAUUUUUUAAUAUCUAAUCUUGAACGAUACCAAAAAAACUUUGCAAAACCUUUUUCAUUACGAUUCUGAAAAAUUUCAUGCCUACUUUUUUUUUCCUGGAAUUUUAAAUUUUUUAUGUUCGUUAGGGUUGUUUUUGGAUAUAAUUAGAUAGUUAAGAGAUUGAAAAAAAUUGUACACUAUAAAUUUGUUGGAGAAUAGUUUCAGAGUGGACAAAAUAUAUUUACGAGUAUAGUAAGAAAUCGAUUUUUAAGAAAACUAGAAGAAGGAAAAUAAAGUUUCUAGCAUCUUUUUUCUAGAACUGAUAGGGGUAUUCAUUUAGCUUAAUUUCAAUUUUUUUCAAAAAAUUUCCCACAAUAAUUAGUUUCGUCUUUGUACGUACGUUUCUGGGAUAUUACAAUUUUCAAGAAUGUUUCGCAUUGAAUAUCAUAUUUUUUAUCACUUUGAUGGAAAGUACAUUCAAAAACAAAACAAAAUUCAGUAUUUUCCAUAAUCAGGCCAUGACAUUUUUUUCUUGAAAAGCAAAUAUCCUUGAAACAACAUUAAAUAUUUCAGAUCUAUUAUAAAAAUAGUAGAUUUCUUGAAAAAUCUCAUCGACACUGAACUAUUCGUUCGCUCAUGUUGUAAUAGGAUGUUAAUUUCUAAAAACUUUUUUUCUACCCAUGAAUCAAAUGCUCCAUGAAAGAUAUAUAAAUAGAGAAACAAACUAUUCAAUAAAAUAUCUAGAGAUAUAGAAGCAUGGAUAUACAUUCAAUAAAUAUAAUUUCAAAAAUAUUGACUUGCAUGUUCAUUAUUAAAUUUUUCUGUUAUCAUAACACACAUAAGGCUGGAAUUACAGUACAAGGGACAACAGAGAAUCAACUUCAAGACAUUAUAUCUCAUCAACAAGACAAGCAUAGAAUCUGUUAUUUACAGAAAGUGGAUUUUUCUUGGAAUGUUAAUUGAAUACAUAUUAUUAACCUACUUUAGUUGAUGAUACAUUCCAUUUAAGAACAACCAAUAAAUCGAUUACAGACGUAUCAACAACAACAGUGUGGGAACAGGAUUGACAACAUUGAUUAUGAGGUUACCUGUGGUCUUCCUCAUUUGAUUUUUCACCUUAUAAUACAACUUUUCGGUUAAGAUAACGCACCAAAUAUAUUUAUUAUUGACACUAUUACAAAUCUGAGCGCCUCUGAUCAAUAAUACUACUGAAUAUCUAAACAAAACCGUCUUAUUCACAUGUAACCGCAACAUGUUCGUUAGUGUACGUGGAAGAGAAUUUAUUGUUAUUUAAAAUAUCCCAUCCCAGUAUGCAUCUAAAAGUUCCUGAUUUAUUAUAGGGAAAAUGCUCCGAUCCACAUAUUUUUCUUUUUUCAUUUGACAGGAUAAUCUAUUUCGCAGCUAACCCGGAACUGACUGCUUCGCUUAGACUUUAAUUUGAUACUGGAAAUGUCUAGAUAUUAUAAAAAAUAUACGAGGUACGAUAAAGAAACCUAUAUAGUGGUUUAAAUCAUUAAAGUCCAAGUGAAAAGUGAUAAUUGAUAAAAUCUGGUGACCAGAUAAUACUCAUAAUGAAGACUAAAGUCCUUUCUUUUCUAAAAUCUGGUAAACCAAACAAUACUCAUAAUGAAGACGGAGGUAUUUUCUUUUUUAAAAUCUGGUGAACCAAACAUCACUCAUAAUGAAGAUGGAAGUCGUUUCUUUUCUAAAAUCUGGUGAACCAAACAUUACUCUUAAUGAAGACGGAACUUUUUUCUUUUCUAAAAUCUGGUAAAUCAAAUAAUACUCAUAAUGAAGACGGAAGUCCUUUCUUUUCUAAAAUCUGGUGAACCAAACAUUACUCUUAAUGAAGACGGAACUUCUUUCUUUUCUAAAAUCUGGUAAAUCAAAUAAUACUCAUAAUGAAGACGGAAGUCCUUUCUUUUCGAAAAUCUGGUGAACCAAACAAUACUCAUAAUGAGACGGAAGUCCUUUCUUUUCUAAAAUCUGGUGAACCAAACAAUACUCAUAAUAAAGACGGAAGUCCUUUCUUUUCUAAAAUCUGGUGAACCAAACAAUACUCAUAAUGAGACGGAAGUCCUUUCUUUUCUAAAAUCUGGUGAACCAAACAUUACUCUUAAUGAAGACGGAACUUUUUUCUUUACUAAAAUCUGGUAGAGAUAACCAGCUCUAUUAACUUUAAUUUAAUAUGGGUGGGAUUUUUUGUGUAAUCUAAGCUCGAUGGGUGAUCAUAAGAAAGCCCAAUGGUUUCAGUAUUAGACCAUAAAGGCAGAUAAAUUUAUAAUUCCCCUAAUGUGUAGUUUUUAUAACCAUAACUAAUGAAUAAUUUAGUUUGUAGCUGAUAGAUUCUAUAAAAAGAAGCUGGAAAUUGUAAUCUAGAUUCAGAAUGUAUUUUAAAGUAUAUUCUGGUUUUGGUUGUAAGCCAUAUUUGUUUGAUAUUUUGUAAAUCAAAAUUUGAAUUAAUUUAUUUCCAUAUAAUUGAAACAAACUUUCAAACGAAAAUUAGAUAUUGUAAGCGAGUUUUAUGAAAAAAAAUUCAAAAUACUAAAACGCGUUAUCCAUAAUCAUACUAAAAUCGGAAUAAUCCGAGUAUCAAAAUAUGACAUAUCAGUUAAACAGUAUCAGUUACCCCAAGACUUAAUGCUUUGGGGUAACUAGCCAGUUAUUUAUCGACUUUCAUUCUAGUAUCUGUUUACUUCAACUAGAAGUGUGUUAUGUGCAGAAAUACGUACAUUUAGAUAUUUAAAAAUUUUUUUCACACAAGCUACGUGGUGCAUAUCUUGUUGAGUUGUUAAGGACCCAAUAUCAUUAAAUGGAUAUAUUUUGAUUUUUUUUUCAAAAACAUGUUUCUUCAACAACAAUUCUUUAUCUCGAAAUAUGAAAAUUAUGAAUAUCUAUUAUCCUAUUGUGGCUUCAGAUUCCUAUUGUGGAACAAGAGGAGCCUGAAAAAAUAUAUGGUCCCUAAAUAGGGCUAAAAAAUGUCUUUGCAAUCUCUUAACAUGAAAAUACCAAAUGUUGUACAUUGUAUGGGACUGCUGAGAGCAUUAAGUUAUGUAGAACCAUUCUGAAGACCUAAACUCAAAAUUUCAUUUUUCAGUACAUUUACCGAUAUGUUUUUGGUGGUAGGAUUGUGUGGAGGAAAUGAAAAUUUUCCAUUAACUGAGAAAAAUAAAUUCAUUAGUAGACGAGCUGAAUUACUAAUUGUCAAAUUUGAUAUAAUAAUUUAUAGCCCUUUUUUUGGAAUUUUCUAAAUUACAUUGUUGAAAACAUAGUUUUAUUUGUUUGACUUCUGCUUAAAAAUUACAAAGUUUCAUGAAAAACAGUAGAAAAAGUUCUAAAACAAAAUCAUUUAUGAUAUGAGAAAGAAAUAUUUCGAAUCAUAUGAAAAAAUGCAGUUUUAAGGAUAGAUCACCACUAAUAAACUUCUCAGAUUAGCCUUUAACUUACCAUUAUUAAUGCUCUCAACAGUGUGUACCAAAUUUUGUAUUUGUGGAUUGUUGAGUUUCAAAGAAAUCCUAUUCACCUUUUCUUCGUUUCGAUUCUUAUACGGAACACUCUAUACAUUCAAUGUCAAUGAUCUGAUUUCAAUAGUGCAACAAAAUUAUAAUGAAAUGGGUCAGUUUUUAACAUUCGAAUUUAUGUACUAUUGGAUAGUUGCUGUUUCGUUCAUUCUAAAAUAUAAUGUUAAAUAAGGCAAUAACAAAACAUCUUUUGUUAUAUUAUUAUUAUAAUUAAUCUGUCUGUCACAUUUAUGUGAAUAUUGACAUCUAAAAUGGGUCAUAUUAAAGUAGACAAAGUAAAUAAAUUGUAUAGUGAUUGUGGAUAAACGUGCUAGAAACUCCAUUUUUGUCAUUAAU